UAUCAAAGUGAUGGUAUUGUGUUAAUGUGUAUUAAUGUGUUGUCAUUGUGUGUGUUCUCCAGGCAGCUCCAACAGCAGCAGCAGGCAGAGCUGGAGGUCCAUCAGAGAGACGGCCUGACAGCCUACGACCUAUCACAGGUGCCCGUUCCCAGUGUGGGAGGAGGGGUUCACGAGGCGGGAAAGAACACUGACAAGACGGACACCAUGUUCUCACAAGAGAGAGACCCACGCUUUGCUGACAUGUACUCCGGCAUCUCUGGCUCUGGUGAGAAGAAGAUGAUGGUUCCUUCGUCUACAGCGGGAGGUCAGCAGCUCUACUCCCAGAACUCUCCCUUCCAGCCCGGACACUCUGCCAAGAGCUUCAGCUCCUCAGUGAUCCAUGUCCCAGGGGUGAACGAUAUCCAGCCGUCGGGAUCGUCCAAUCAGAACCUAGCUCAGAUCUCCAGACAGCUCAACCCAGGACAGGUGGCCUGGACUGGCAACAGACCCCCGUUCUCUGGCCAGUCCACUAAGGCCCAGUCCAGUCCGUUUGGGAUAGGCUCCGGCCACAGUUACCAAGGAGACCCAUCUUCCUAUAGCCCCCUGUCCUCCCCUGCCACCUCAUCGCCCAGCGGCAAUGCCUACUCUGGACUGGCCAACCGGAGCACGGCGUUCGAUGUGUCAGGAGAGGGCAGUCAGAGUGGGGGUCAGUUUCAGGGUCGGCCCAGUGAGGUCUGGUCCCAAUGGCAGAACCAGCACCAUGGCCAACAGGGAGGAGAGCCACACUCUCACCCCAACCCCUCCCAGACAGAGGUGUUCCAGGACAUGUUGCCGAUGGCAGGAGACCCAACACAAGGAACAGCCAACUACAACAUUGAAGACUUUGCUGAUCUGGGCAUGUUCCCUCCCUUCUCUGAGUAGAACCCUUUAACGUUCUAUCAAUGGAACACUGCUCUGUUCUUCCACUAGAACCCUCUGAUAGAGGAAAAGGAAUCGAACACAAUGUGCUGGUUCCUUCAUGGCUCCCCAACCUCACACACACACACACACACACACACACUUUAUCACACAGUGAAUGUCCAGAUGCACCCUCUCAUAAACACACACACACUUUAUCACACAGUGAAUGUCCAGAUGCACCCUCUCAUAAACACACACACACUCUGACACAUACCUGUUUCCUUUACGAGAAAAGAGUUGGUUCUAUAGAAGACUGGUACAUUGCUAGUGGUGUACUGACCUUUUCCUUUGUAAUAAUGUCUUCUUCAUUCACUUAAAUGAUGCCUGUUCUUUUAACAAAGGCUUGUGAAUUUAAAGGUGCAAUCUGUAACUUUCAUUUCCCCUAGUGGCAUCUUGAGGUACUACAAAAUAUGCCAAGAAGCAGUAAAAAAAAUACAAAGCCUAGAAAAUUCACCAGUGCAGACCAUUGCAGAGGCAGGCAGCACUUU